GGACUUUUUUUUUAUUUAAGCGUAAGUAAAAAACAUACAAUAUAUUCAUAUGGAGCUACUUGCGAGAUAAAAUGCCCACCGUCAAAAUGACAUAAGUAUAUAUAGUUUACACUAUGUAAAAUGCAAGUUAGUAUACCAAUUGUCUAUUGAAUUAAAGUAACACUAAUAUGUUGUAACGCGUCACACUUGCAGGAAAGGAAAAAAGAACCAAAAAAAUGUAACGUUAUUCAUGACUUAGCCGUGUCCGGGAUUCGAACCCUGUCCUCUUCGUCUUUUUCCUUCCCCUCAAUUCGUCCCCAACGUGUACGGUAAGACAAUACUGUACAUCGUGCGGCACAUGCCGAUUAAAUGCAUCUAUAUUGAAACUAUAUAAACGGGAAUGAACUGGAAUCGAACAAAACUCCGGUUUCUUCAUGUCUCGUACUGCAUGAUGAUGCCUUCAAGAAAUCUCGUAAAGUUGGCCAAACAGCCAAUAUUAAGUCCAUACGCUGAAAAUGUAUACAUGAUCAAAGUUUAGACUGACAUUAUCUAUAGUUAUGCGUAAAUACAAAUUUAGUUACUCGGUUAGAUUGCACUCAGAAGUGUGUGUGACUUUUUUUUCCCGGGGACCUACCGUAAAUAAAAACGAGCGCACGCAAAUACUUUUAUAACUCCGCCCCCUCCGUUAACGCCCCCAGUGAUGUCACCCCGCCCCUCCCCAUGCGGGAGACUGUAUGGAGGAAAAUGUGCGGUCCUUCUCAAUGUUUAUGCACGACGAACACACCCGAACAUCAACGGGACCUAAUCGAUGAAGAGGACGAUGACGGAGACAUGAAUUAACGUGUGGCAACAUAUUGGAGGAGGGGAAAAAAAAGAAAAAGUCUGCAGCUGAUGGAGCUGCUUCACUGUCACACAUUCGACCUUUCACUCGCUGGGACGAUUUAAACGUCAACUACUCUCCUUCUUCAUGGUUUAUGAGAGAGACAUGGACCGUAUCGGCCUCAGCAUGCAGACCAAGGCUGCUGAGCUGGAGCGCCUGGCGGAGGUGCUCGUUACCGGGGAGCAGCUCAGGUUGCGGCUCCACGAGGGGAAAGUCAUUAAAGAUCGGCGCCAUCACUUGCGAACGUACCCAAACUGUUUUGUGGCCAAAGAGCUCAUUGAUUGGCUGAUCGAGCACAAAGAGGCCUCAGAGAGAGAGACGGCCAUCAAGAUCAUGCAGAAGCUUCUAGACCAGAGCAUCAUCCAUCACGUGUGUGAUGAGCACCGGGAGUUCAAAGACAUGAAGUUGUUCUACCGCUUCCGCAAAGACGACGGCACCUUUCCGCUGGACAACGAGGCCAAAGUGUUCAUGAGGGGGCAAAGGAUCUAUGAGAAGUUGAUGAACACAGAGAACAGCCUGUUGCAGACCAGGGAGGAGGAAGGCGGCACCUUCGAGCGGACGCUGGUGGCCGCCGAGUUCAUUGACUGGCUGGUCCAAGAGGGCGAGAUGGCGACCAGGGAGGAGACAGAGCAGCUGGGACGACGCCUCCUCGAGCAUGGCAUCAUCCAGCAUGUCACCAACCAGCAUCACUUUGUGGACGGUCCACUCCUCUUCCAGUUCAGGAUGAACUUUCGGAGGAGGCGGCGGCUGAUGGAGCUUCUCCAUGAGCGAGGCCGCGGCAUUCCCGAGAGUCACGACAGCCCAUUCUGCCUCCGCAAACAAAACUCGGACGGAGGCAACACCAGCUUUCUCUCAGUGAGUCCGACCAAAGAGAUCAAGGUGGUGGUUGGCGUGCGGCGCAGUAGCAUGAGCAGCAGCUGUGGCAGCAGCGGGUACUACAGCAGCAGCCCAACACUCAGCAGCAGCCCGCCCGUCCUCUGCAACCCCAAGUCUGUUCUGAAGAGGCAAGUGAGUCCAGAGGAGCUUCAGACGCCCGGAGGGCCUUUUCUGAAGAAGACCUUUACAAUCGUAGGGGACGCUGUAGGCUGGGGAUUUGUCGUGCGAGGUAGCAAACCCUGUCACAUCCAGGCCGUGGACCCCGGGGGACCUGCAGCGGCUGCGGGCAUGAAGGUUUGUCAGUUUGUGGUGUCGGUGAACGGACUGAACGUCCUCACUCAGGACUACAGGACAGUGAGCAACCUGAUCCUCACUGGACCCAGGACAAUCGUCAUGGAAGUCAUGGAGGAGGUGUGACAUCAUCACCUGAGGAGAAAGAGGGAACUUGGAGGUGUUGCAAAAGCAGCAUCCAGAUGGAGAAAGAGGAUGAAAGCAACAACUGCAAAAAAUGUGCAGGUUCUUCACUCUUUUUUUUAUUUUUGCAAGCACACGCACAAAAAUGAGAGAUUUUGACUCCACCAGUCGUCAAGAUUGAUCUCUUUCACUUUAAGGACAAUCACAAUCCAAAUGUCCAUAUCACAAAAUGGAGAUGAAGAUAUCUAAGAGAAGAUAUCUCAUGCUAACCACCUUCAGUGACCUUUUCCCCACUUACUGUACCAUUAAUGAGUGGCAGUUUUGGAUAGCUCAGUGCUGCCCCCAGCAGGACAGGAAGACACACAACUGACUUACAUUGACUGGCAAUGUAAACAAAUGUUCACAGUAUGUUUACGCCAAGAAGGUAUGUUUUACUCAAAUGAGGUGUGUGGGUUUGUAACAAUAAAAAGCUCCAUAGCUCCAUAUCUAACCACUUAAAUCAUUUUUAAAAACAAAACAAAAUCUUUUUUUUUGACUCUCUGAAGAAUAAUUUCCUUUGCUGAGAAAUUGUUGGAGGGAAAAACUAUAAAAAAUAACAACCACACAUCGUGUCAUGAAUGCAUUAUUAUUGAAAAUGAUACAAAUCAUUUAAAACUGCAUAAAACAUUGAGCCAAUCCUAACUCAAAUGUAAGCGACAAAUACACAUAUUAGGUUGACUCUCGGUAACAAGUGUAUCUUUUAAAAAAACACAACGCUGUCAUCAAGUAGCGCACAUACACACAUCCCUGCUUUUAUUUUAACGUUUCACCAUGGACUUCAUAAAACUGCAUUAUAAUGAUGAUAAACAGGGUCAAAUACACCACGGAAUGUAUUAGCAAUCGCAGAGAUGCACUUGGAAGUAGUCCAUUUGUGUUUCCCCUGACAAAAGCACUUAGAAGACUAUACAUAAUUAAUAUGUUCAUUAUGCAGUAUGAUAGCAGUGGCAAUUUAAAUUUAGGUACCGUUACUACCUUCAACUUUACCAAUUUAAUAAGCUAGUAAAUACAUACAAUUACUUGUAGUUUAAUGUAUUGUGUGCAGAAACAAAUACAUGCUUAAUGUUCUAAUAUUCUACUGUACUGUAUGAGUAAUAAGUGCUAUUAUGUUGUCCUUUGUAGAAAUAGCCACAUUAGAAGGGUGCACACUGUACAUGCACGGGACAUAACAUUAGGUACACCCAAUAAUGUUCAACACAAAAAAUAUGCCUUUAAGAAGUUAAUAAUGUGCUGUUUUAGUUCACUUUGUCAUUUUACUAAAAUAGUUUCUAUAGUCAAAAUAUUAGAAACAAUAAUAAACACAAUUUAAACGUCGUAAUUAUGGCUGGGCUUUUGUUUAUUUACCUAAAAAGGAUGAGACCAUUGGAGAGAGGCUGUUAUUUUUUAAAUAUAAAAACUCAUUAUAUAUUUUUUAACUUUGAUUAUAAUUUGGAGUGCAUGAGAAAGUGGAAACGUAGCUCACCACUAGGCCGUUAAAUAUAAAAAAAGUACAUUGCACAACACAGCAACAAUGUUGUGAUAGUGGCAAGGAGCAAACUGCUGAGCAAGCAUUAAUACGGCUGGUGAGUUAAUCGUAAACACCAUUUUAAAGCGCAGGCAGAGGUAGAUAAAGCUACUGGGUACUUCAAGCUCAGGAUGUGGAGUUAACAAAAUACUACUUAAGAAGGUUGCCUACUGCCACAAAUGUUAAUGUUAAUUAGUUGUGUUUAUAUUGUUUGCUUUAAUUUUGUAACAUACAUCCAGGAAAUAUCAGACACUUACGGUUAAAUGGUUUGAGUUUAUUGGGAACAUGCAUAUACAGUUACAAUAUAAUGCUUCACAUUUUUCCAGUUUUUCGUUACACCAUAUCAAAAAAGAAGUAGGAUGAAGCAGAGCUUAAUUAAUCCUAGCCCUUUUCCAUUUAAUAGCAAUUACUAACACAUUUGUUCUCUUUCAAAUCAGUUCCAUAAAUAAUACAGUUCUCAAUAAAGAGUAGAAUAACUUGUAAAUUACAUAACAAGAUGAAUGAGAUUAUUUUGGUGGUUAAUUGAUUAAAUUGGUGUAUUUGGAACAUUUAUGGGGUUUUUAGACUAGAAAAUGUAAUUCCUUUAGAAAAUAUUAAAUAAAUAAAUGACUUGAGGACAAUAAUCAUAGGAAUCAAAGACAACAACAUAUUAUAGAUUUUUAAAGGCCUACUGAAAUGAAUUUUUUUUAUUUAAACGGGAAUAGCAGAUCCAUUCUGUGUCAUACUUGAUCAUUUCGCGAUAUUGCCAUAUUUUUGCUGAAAGGAUUUAGUGGAGAAAAUCGACGAUAAAGUUCGCAACUUUUGCUCGCUGAUAAAAAAAGCUUUGCCUGUACCGGAAGUAGCGUGACGUCACAGGAGCUAGUAUUCCUCACAAUUCCCCAUUGUUUACAAUGGAGCGAGAGAGAUUCGGACCGAGAAAGCGACGAUUACCCCAUUAAUUUGAGCGAGGAUGAAAGAUUCGUAGAUGAGGAACGUUACAGUGAAGGACUUGAGAGACAGUGAUGGACGUAUCUUUUUUCGCUCUGACCGUAACUUAGGUACAAGCUGGCUCAUUGGAUUCCACACUCUCCUUUUUUUAUUGUGGAUCACAGAUUUGUAUUUUAAACCACCUCAGAUACUAUAUCCUCUUGAAAAUGAGAGUCGAGAACGCGAAAUGGACAUUCACAGUGACUGAACAUGUAAAUACACGAUUAAUAAUAUUCAGCUUUGCGAAGCUAAAAAAAUAGAAGCUAACCUAGCUACGUAGCCAACGUGAUAGCAUCAGUCUCAAAUGCAGAUAGAAACUAAAUUAAAAAAAACCCUGACUGAAUGGAUGGACAGAAGAUCAACAAUACUAUUAAACCAUGAACAUGUAAAUACACGAUUAAUAAUAUUCAGCUUUGCGAAGCUAAAAAAAAAUAGAAGCUAACCUAGCAACGUAGCCAACGUGAUGGCAUCAGUCUCAAAUGCAGAUAGAAACUAAAUUAAAAAAAACCCUGACUGGAUGGAUAGACAGAAGAUCAACAAUACUAUUAAACCAUGAACAUGUAAAUACACGAUUACCGUAUUUCCUUGAAUUGGCGCCGGGAAUAUAGUAUUCGCCUGCCUAGAAUUACAGCCGGGUCAAACUCGUUUCGCAAAAUAAUUAGCGCAUGCUUGGCACUUCCGCCGGGUCAAAUAUGAGUCAUUAAAUGACUCCCGCCUCCAGGUGGUAGAGGGCGCUAGUGAUCCUUCUUGCGACUACCAGUACUGCAGGAGACAGGUACUGCAGAAGAAGACAACAAGCAGCAAGCAUGCAGCAAUUGUUUGCUUGCACUUUUAACAUGGAGGAUUACAUAUCUAAAAUAAAACCGUUUUCUAAACUGGACUUUCAAUCGAAGCAGGAGGUAAUAAUUAAAGGAAUAUCUCCAGAGACUUUUAAAAUUGAAGAAAGAUGAGAAAGACUGCCUUUGAUCAGAAGCAGCUGCACAUGGACCCAUCUACAAGUAAAGGUAAGAUCAUAAUAACGUUUUUUUUAUUAAAUGUGUUUUUAAUGAUAAGGUAUGCGCCGGAGUGAGAAGAGGUUUUAAAAUAAUUAGAGCAUGCUUGCUCAUUCCGCAUGGUUUUGGUAACCGCAGGAGUGAGAAGAGGUUUUAAAUUAAUUAGCGCCCCUGCGGCUAUUCAAGGAAAUACGGUAAUAAUAUUCAGCUUGGCGAAGCUAAAAAACAGAAGCUAACUUAGAUGUGGCGGCUGUACUCACCGUAGUGCGUCUGCUAUCCUGCUCAAAACACAACACAACCUCCUGGUGUUGGUGUUGCUGUAGUCCGCCGCUCCACCGAUCGCACCUACAACUUUCUUAUUUGCAGUCUCCAUUGUCCAUUAAACAAAUUGCAAAAUAUUCACCAAAACAGAUGUCCAGAAAACUGUGGAAUUUUGUCGAAGAAAACAGAGGUAUUUGAAUUGGGUCCAAACACUUCCCUUGACCUCGUGACGUCACACGCAUACGUCAUCUUACCGCGACGUUUUCAAGCGGAAGUUUCCUGGGAAGUUUAAAAUUGCACUUUAUAAGUUAACCCGGCCGUAUUGGCAUGUGUUGCAAUGUUAAGAUUUCAUCAUUAAUAUAUAAACUAUCAGACUGCGUGGUCGGUAGUAGUGGGUUUCAGUAGGCCUUUAAUGUUUGUUUUUAGAAAGUGGUGAUUUGCAGUACAAUAUAUGAGAAUGAUUAAAAAUGAUUAAGUAGAUGAAUAGAUAUGAAAUAAAUAUAAAUGAUUUGCUGCUUGUUUUGAGGCCAUUGUAAUCUUGCAGAAAAAAAAUACUGUAGGAAGAAUUAAAAAAUGUAUUUUUGACCAGGAAUAGUAUUAUAGUCAAUUAUUUGGACCAUGUCAAUCAAAACAGAGCGUUCAUAUUUUUCUGUGAAUAUUGGAUUAGGUGUUCCCAAUGUAGUGUCUGGUUUGUGUACAGUACAUGGCAACAUGAUCUUUAACCAUGAAGUAUGCACAAUAAAGUAUAGGCCUGACUCCUGUCAUGUACUUUGUGUUAAGAAGUGACACACAUGCAUGAUUCUUCUACAUUUAUUAAGCUUUAAUAGCUUCUCCUAUACUAUACUCAAGGUCAAACUUACCUCAACACUUGAGUUUGUGUUCUUUUAUCCACAACAAAGGCGACUGCUGCACUCUCUUUGUCUAGGUUUGAAAUGUUUGAAGUAAAACUGCUGAUUAAGGAUGUCCGAUAAUGGCUUUUUGCCGAUAUCCAAUAUUCCGAUAUUGUCCAACUCUUAAUUACCGAUACCGAUAUCAACCGAUACCGAUAUAUACAGUCGUGGAAUUAACACAUUAUUUUUCCUAAUUUGGACAACCAGGUAUGGUGAAGAUAAGGUCCUUUUAAAAUUUUUUAUAAAAUAAGAUAAAUAAAUUAAAAACAUUUUCUUGAAUAAAAAAGAAAGUAAAACAAUAUAAAAACAGUUACAUAGAAACUAGUAAUUAAUGAAAAUGAGUAAAAUGAACUGUUAAAGGUUAGUACUAUUAGUGGACCAGCAGCAUGCACAAUCAUGUGUGCUUACGGACUGUAUCCCUUGCAGGCUGUAUUGAUAUAUAUUGAUAUAUAAUGUAGGAACCAGAAUAUUAUUAACAGAAAGAAACAACCCUUUUGUGUGAAUGAGUGUGAAUGGGGGAGGGAGGUUUUUUGGGUUGGUGCACUAAUUGUAAGUGUAUCUUGUGUUUUUUAUGUUGAUUUAAUUUAAAAAAUAAAAUUAAAAAACAAAACAAAAACGAUACCGAUAAUAAAAAAAACGAUACCGAUAAUUUCCGAUAUUACAUUUUAAAGCAUUUAUCGGCCGAUACUAUCGGCAGGCCGAUAUUAUCGGACAUCUCUACUGCUGAUAAUGCAUAACUCCUGCUAUUUUAAGUGCCGUGCCUCAAUACGAAUACAGUGGAACCUCCAAAGUCAAAGGAAAUCCCCUCUAUGAUGCUCAAUGACGACACAUUCACCCGAGUGUGUGUAAACAUUGUAAACACAAAACAUUUGAAGAAUAUGUGUAAAACAAAGUUAAGACAGUCCUGACAGUCACUUAAUGAUGUUUUGUGGGGUAAUACUGUCAACUAGUGGUGUUUUGUAAGUAAUGCUAGAAAUAAUAAGUGUAAAGUCGUCCCUCGCCAUAUUGAGCUUCAAAUAUUUAGUUUUUGUUGUUUAAGCAUAUUCUACAAUGUUUUGGUACAGCUAAAGGAACGAAAAUAUCAAUACUACUAUUGGUCACUAGAUGACACCAAUCUAAUCAGAUCCCACUGUUCAGUAUCGUGGCCAAUUAGUACAAUAUCGAUUCAAAUAUUGUGGUGGCCUGCUCUGACUCAAGGUCAGCGUUAAUCUCUAUUCAAAAUUUUAGGUUGCAAAGCAGACAAGAUAUAGUUAAUGGCACAUAUAAAAUGUUGUUCAGGCUCGGCAGGGUGAAUACCAGCAUAAGUACCAUCUGCAAUGAAUUAGCAGAUCAGCUGGCAAAGCAGACACUAACACUAGCACACAGCUCAGAGAGGUAUACCUCUCAGUAAGACUGAGGCAAAAUCAUAAAUGAAAGAACAUGUUUUGAAAGAGUGGCAAUCACUUCGGGACACGAGUACAGGAAGACACUAAUACUGAACACAGUGGGAGUGGGAAGAACUGAAAGGGGGAGCACAAAAGAGGAAGGAAUCACAUAUUCCAUUAGGACACACCACACUGAAUAAGACGUUGCACCCUAUUAGUAAACACUCGACAGGAUUAUGUGACAGCUGCAAUGAGGUAGAUCAGUGGAACAUGCAAUUAUUCAUUGUGGGAAAUACAGGAGUAGAGCAAGGAGAAAACUAAGAGAGAAAGUUAGAAGACAUGGACAGAAGGAGGUUACUCUCAAAGGGUUCUAAGCUGCAACCAAAAUAUUUUAGUGAAGUUUCUAAAAGAGACACUUUUAUGGAAUAUUAUUUUUGUGAGGGAGGGAGGAGGGAGGGAACUCUGGUUCACACUCCAUUACAGUGGGUGGCGGUUAUGCACCUUUAAUGUUGAGUGCCCAAUCAUUGAACAAGAAGAAAGUGAUUUCCUGUCUAGAGAACAGAAUAGAAUGGAUAUUUAUUGUCAUUGCACACUUUACAACGAAAUUGCAAGCAAACUCAUUUAGUGCAAAUUCAUGACACAUAAAAAACAUAAGAACAUGGUACUAAGAUAAAUAGAUACAAAUAAUACAAACCCUGUUUCCGUACGAGUUGGGAAAUUGUGUUAGAUGUAAAUAUAAACGGAAUGCAAUGAUUUGCAAAUCAUUUUCAACCCAUAUUCAGUUGAAUAUGCUACAAAGACAACAUAUUUGAUGUUCAAACUGAUAAACCUUUUUUUUUUUGCAAAUCAUUAACUUUAGAAUUUGAUGCCAGCAACACGUGACAAAGAAGUUGGGAAAGGUGGCAAUAAAUACUGAUAAAGUUGAGGAAUGCUCAUCAAACACUUAUUUGGAACAUCCCACAGGUGAACAGGCAAAUUGGGAACAGGUGGGUGCCAUGAUUGGGUAUAAAAGUAGAUUCCAUGAAAUGCUCAGUCAGUCACAAACAAGGAUGGGGCGAGGGUCACCACUUUGUCAACAAAUGCGCGAACAAAUUGUUGAACAGUUUAAGAAAAACCUUUCUCCACCAGCUUUUGCAAGGAAUUUAGAGAUUUCACCAUCUACGGUCCGUAAUAUCAUCAAAGGGUUCAGAGAAUCUGGAGAAAUCACUGCACGUAAGCAGCUAAGCCUGUGACCUUCGAUCCCUCAGGCUGUACUGCAUCAACAAGCGACAUCAGUGUGUAAAAGAUAUCACCACAUAGGCUCAGGAACACUUCAGAAACCCACUGUCAGUAACUACAGUUGGUCGCUACAUCUGUAAGUGCAAGUUAAAACUCUCCUAUGCAAGGCGAAAACCGUUUAUCAACAACACCCAGAAACGA